UGACAGUUGUACCGAGUUUGCGCAAGAAAAUGCUGCUCGUCAAUUUGGACAGGGAGCUGGUGGGAGAGGACCAGAGGCAGAGUGAGUGAAACAGAGCGCUACUCUCCAAGGGUCUCUCUCCGGCAGAGGAAAACAAACGACAGCAUCCACCGUCUGUGUACCAGGAAGAUACGAAUUGUCCAUCGCUUUGCACUGUACAAGACACACUUGGAGAUCCUGCAUUGUCAUCCAUCCAUCAAUUUUCCAACUGCUUUAUCCAGCACAGGGAGCCAGAGCAGAUCCCGGUUUUAGAGCACAUCCACGAAGCCUGCCAGAAAGGAAGACUGUAAGAGACGAAGGGAUUAACAUUACAAGGACUCUACAGCUGUCUGUUUUUUCUGAAUGUGCCGAAUCCUGAAGGUGUAGUCCUGAUUCAGGAGAGAACAGGGACGUGGCUUGACCGCGGAGGUCUUGAAACAGUAGUUGAAGAUGCAGAGAAAGAAGAGAUGUUUAAUACCCACUGGAGCUCUGUUCAUGCUGUUCUUGAGUCGCAUAACUGCAGCAUUGGAUGUACCUCUUGAUCCAAAAGUUCUGGAAGGAUUGCCACAGCCUCCCACCAUCACUGCCCAGUCUCCAAAGGACUACAUCAUAGACCCUCGAGAGAACAUUGUUAUCCAGUGUGAAGCCAAAGGGAAACCACAUCCCAGCUUCUCCUGGACAAGAAAUGGAAUGCAUUUUGACAUAGACAAGGAUCCGAGAGUGACAAUGAUGCCCAAUUCUGGAACCAUUGUUGUUGACAUUGUCAAUGGUGGGAAAGCGGAACUCUAUGAAGGAGUUUACCAGUGCACUGCAAGGAAUGAACAUGGAACAGCACUAUCUAACAAUAUCAUCAUUCAACAGUCCAGGUCCCCCUUGUGGGCCAAAGAAAAAAUUGACCCUAUUUUUGUACAAGAGGGUGUGCCACUUGUACUGCCAUGCAGACCUCCUGCUGGACUUCCACCUCCCGUUAUAUUCUGGAUGGAUAACAAUUUUCAGAGGUUACCACAAAGCAAGAGAGUCUCUCAAGCCUUAAAUGGGGAUCUUUAUUUUUCUAAUGUGCAAAUGGAAGACACACGAAAUGACUAUAUUUGUUAUGCGAGAUUCACUCAUACUCAAACCAUACAGCAGAAGCAACCCAUUUCAGUGAAGGUUUUGAACAUGGAUGCAAUCAAUGAGACAAUCGCUGCUUUUUUGAAUGACACUGAUUUUUUUGGUGACAGCCCUGUAGGAGAAAGACGUCCAACAUUUUUGGUUCCAACAGGAUCCGUAAGCACUAAAAUGGUAUUGAGAGGACAGGAUCUCAAUCUGGAAUGCAUUGCUGAAGGGCUGCCAACCCCUGAAAUGACCUGGAUGAAGGAAAGUGGAGAACUACCCAGCAAAAGGACGUCCUAUGAAAAUUUCCAAAAAACACUGAAAAUUACUGACAUCACUGAGGCUGAUGCCGGUGACUAUCGGUGUACUGCAAAAAAUGUUUUGGGAUCUGUACACCAUACUAUAAAGGUUACAGUUAAAGCUGCUCCAUAUUGGAUAGGUGCACCCAAGAAUCUCAUACUAGCUCCCAACGAAACUGGAUUGCUCACCUGUCGUGCCCAGGGAAACCCAAAACCCUCCAUCACAUGGUUAAUGAAUGGCAUACCUAUUGAAAAUUCUCCUGCAGACACCAGCAGGAAGGUGGAGGAUGACACCAUUAUAUUCUCAGAAGUUCGGACUGGUUCAAGUGCAGUUUAUCAAUGCAAUGCUUCCAAUGAAUUUGGGUAUUUGCUGGCCAAUGCCUUUGUUAAUGUGCUUGCUGAACCACCAAGGGUACUGACUGAAUCAAACAAAGUUUACCAGGUCAUCAGGAACAAACCAGCCUUACUUGAGUGUGCCUCUUUUGGGUCACCCAAACCUAAAAUCAAAUGGUUCAAGGAUACCCAGACAAGUGUUUUGGAUGGGGAUCCCUAUGUUGCGCAUGAAAAUGGAACCUUGGAAAUUAAUGUUGCUCAGACUGAACAUAGUGGAAAAUACACUUGUUUUGCAAUGAAUUAUCUUGCCAAAGCAGAGAAUGUUGUUUAUUUGGAAGUGAAGGAACCAACAAGGAUUAUUAAACAACCAAUAUACAAAAAAGUUCAAAAAAACAGAAAAGUGAUUUUUGAGUGUAAGGUUAAACAUGACCCAAGCCUAACCCCUACAAUGACCUGGCUAAAGGACAAUGAGAACCUGCCAGAUGAUGAAAGAUUUGUAGUGGGUUCAGAGAGUCUAACCAUUAAUGAUGUUACCGAACUAGAUGAAGGUACAUACACGUGUAUCAUGAAUACCUCUCUGGAUCAAGACUCUGCAAGUGCCGUGCUAACAGUUGUUGCUGCUACCCCAACUCCAGCCAUUGUAUACGAUCGACCGGAUCCUCCUACUGAUCUGGAAUUAACAGACAAGCAUAAGCGAAGUGUGCAGCUCACUUGGAUACCUGGAGAUGACCACAACAGUCCCAUAACGAAAUUUGUAAUUGAGUAUGAAGAUAACCUUCACGAGCCCAACGUGUGGAACUAUCUGACAGAGGUCCCAGGCACUAAGGCCACAGCUCAUCUCAAGCUUUCCCCCUAUGUCCAUUACUCAUUCAGAGUGGUGGCAGUCAAUGUGGUGGGCCAUAGCAAGCACAGCAUCCAAUCCCAGCAGUAUAUUACUGACCCUGCUGCACCUGAUGAAAACCCGUCAAAUGUAGAAGCUACUGGUACUGAACCCAAGAAUUUAAUUAUAACUUGGAAGCCUUUGACAGGGUUACAGUCAAAUGGGCCUGGACUUCAGUAUAAAGUUAUAUGGAGACAGAAGGAUGUGGAUAAAGACUGGGACUCUGUCACUGUUGCAAAUGUUUCUAGGUUUGUAGUUUCGGAGACACCAACCUUUGUCCCUUAUGAGGUGAAGGUACAAGCUGUAAAUGACUAUGGAAGUGCUCCUGAGCCAUCAACUGUCAUUGGAUACUCAGGAGAAGAUUUGCCAAUGGUCUCCCCUGAGAAUGUGGAUGUACGAGCACUGAACAGCACACUUGCAGAAGUUCAUUGGGAUCCAAUUCCUCCAGAAAGUGUUCGAGGUCGAUUGAAAGGAUAUAAGAUUUAUUACUGGAAGGAGAGAAGUUUAGCCAAACAGAAUCCCCAACAUGAAGAGCAACAGAUUUUGACAUUCACUGGAAACAAGACUCAUGGGAAGCUACCUGGGCUACACCCUUUCAGCCUCUAUACAUUGAAUGUCAGAGCCUUCAAUGGAAAAGGGGAGGGACCAUCUAGUCCCAAUCAGCAGUUUGAAACUCCAGAAGGAGUUCCUGGUACUCCUACAUAUUUGAAGAUUACAAAUGCAGUGCUUGACUCUUUGACCUUGGAGUGGGGCCCACCUUUUGAUCGCAAUGGAAUUUUGACAGGUUACACACUGAAGUACCAGCCAAUUAACAGCACCAAUGAACUUGGGCCUCUGAAAACAAUUUUCAUACCUGCAAAUGAAACCAAUUGGACACUGAGUAACCUGAAGUAUAACACUUACUACAAAUUUUACUUAAAUGCCCAUACCGUAAUAGGAGCAGGACCGACAAAAACAGAAGAGGCAGCAACAAUUAUGGAUGAAGCUCAUUUUCUUCAGUCCGCAGUAGAUGCGGGCAAAGGAUACACAGAAUCCCCUCUUCUAACUUCCCCUCUUAUACAAACUCUGCGCCCCCCAUUCCACAAGGUGCGUCCCGUUGUUCCCGCGUUUGGAAACGUUAGCACCUCCGUGUCAGAGGAUGGGGCUUUUAUCAGUUGGGAGUACUGGGGACCAGAUAAGAAUGUUUAUGUUGAAUAUAUAGUAGAAAACAGUAAAGAAGAUUGGAAAAAAGAGUUUGUAAAUGGCUCUCAGUCCUUUUUGAUAAAAGGGUUAAAGCCAGGAACAUCAUAUAAAGUACGAGUUGUUGCUAAAGAUCAAUCCGAUGAAACAAUUCAGAGUACGGAAGAGCUUAUUAUAACUGUUCCAGCGAUGGCAAGUCGACAGGUAGAUAUUGCCACCCAGGGAUGGUUCAUUGGCUUGAUGUGUGCCAUUGCCCUCCUUAUAUUGGUCUUGCUGAUAAUAUGCUUCAUAAAAAGAAAUAAAGGCGGCAAGUACCCAGUGAAAGAAAAGGAAGAUGCUCAUGCAGACCCAGAAAUCCAACCAAUGAAAGAGGAUGAUGGGACAUUCGGUGAAUACAGGUCACUUGAAAGUGACACAGAAGACCAUAAACCAUUAAAAGGAAGCCGGACUCCUUCCAAUGGGACAGUUAAGAAAGAGGACAGUGACGACAGUUUAGUUGACUACGGAGAAGGCGGAGAAGGACAGUUCAACGAAGAUGGAUCUUUUAUUGGACAGUAUAGCGGAAAGAAGGAAAAGGAUACCGCAGAAGGAAAUGAGAGUUCUGAAGCUCCUUCUCCAGUUAAUGCAAUGAACUCCUUUGUGUAAUCUGGAAGUUGGAACUUCUCAAGUGACUGUACACGUUCAUUUCACAGGCUGUUCCAUUACACUGUGACCUGCCACUACAUGCACAUACUGUAUGAAACCAUGACAAGAGAAAUAGGCUAGGUGCUCUAAGAGAACAUAAAAGCAAUAUGGAGAAUGUAUGGCAAGAAUAGGCAGACUGCCUAACAUGCUUGGUGAUAAAGAGAACUGGGAUAUGUUUUUGUUCUGUUAUUCUUUGCAUAAAUAUAUUUUUUUCUAAUCAUAAUGAAUUGGCAAGUAAACUGCAUAAAACCCAACAUCUUUCAUCUGCUUCUAAUAUAGUGCAUGAGAAUAAUAACUAAAAAUAAUCUUCUAUCACACUUUAUAGCACACAAAGAAAAACGUAGUGUAUGCAGUUAAAGCAGUGGAUUCAUUUUUGACUAAACCGUGCACAUCUGAAUUACUGGGUAUGAAUUUUGUUUUAUUGUCAAAGUGUUAUAUUGGUAUUAUAUUAAAAAAGGCAUCAAUGUCUUUGUGGACAUUGCUUUGGAAAUUGUGACUAAAUGUAUAGCUAUUAUUAUAUGUCUUUUUGCAAGACAGGAGCUGUUUGUAUAUAAUUGCAGAAAAAAAAUAUAUAUAGAUUGGAAAUUGAGGAUGUAUGUUUAUGCAUAGGGCUCUGAUCUUAUAGUACUUGUAGUCACCUUAAUAUUUUAAAGAUUCAGCAUACUCUCACAAAUGUACCAAGACUUGGGUCAGUGUAGUAAUUUUUUUCAACAGAGAUUUUUCAUAUUGCAAUUGCACUAAUUAAAAAGGAUGCUCAAACAACCUAAAAAUAUCAAAAACCAUAAACAUAACACACUGAUUUUUGCUACUGUAUUUGCAAUUCCGACCAACAAGGCAGCCAGUGAUGUAAAGGUGUUUUUUUUAAAAUGUGUGUGUUAAUGUUUCAGAGUCCUGCCUUUAGCAUUGAACAAAAAGUCUGCUUACUGUAUGUCCACUCAAAUGUUUAAAACAAAACAAUUGUCUCUCUUCUUGCAGUCUCACAAAAUGGGUGGUGAGCGUCCUUCAGUGAAUAGUGCCUUUGUAGACACAGUAUUAUUUCUAGAUUCAUUCACAAAAAAGCUUCAUUUUGGUUAAAGGAAAAUAUAAGAAAACAUCUUAGCAUGUGCUUCUUAACUAUUAUGGCUGCACAUGAUACUUUUUUAAACUAUCAGUAAUUGAAAUCAUUAACCAUAAAGGUACUAAGUAUAUCCAUUCCAUAAUUCUAUUAUAGGGAGACUAUUAAUGCAGUUUCCCUUGCUUUGUCAAUUACAUACUGUAGCAGCUGUAAUGUCUGAGAAGUACAGUAGCUGCUAAUUGUUUUCUGUUUAUUCUCAUUUUCAAAAACACCUCUGCAAUGGAGCAAUAUUGGAAACACACAAAAUGUUGACAUCUUACCAAAUGCUUCCUCCACUUCCAUUUGCACACAGGAGAACUGGGAAGUUCGGUCACAAAGAUUAAAAAUUCAAUUAGGCCUAAAACUUGUACUCCUUUUAGAAAUGCCAAGAGCCUUGUGAGUGAAAAUACUGGAAUUUCAUAAUUUGGGUGUUCAUAACUUGCAUCAAGUUUACAUUUAAUUUUAUGCUUUUGUGUGUAGAUAUUUUGUUGAAUUUGUAAAUAUACCCUAAUUUGCUGUAGACUCAUUAGGCCUGAUAUGUACUGUGUAUGAAAUACUUUGGCCAGUGAAGUGCAUUGUAUUGAAUAUUAUCUACUAUACAGUUUCCUUUGCUGUGAAUUUGUAAAUUUGUAACUCACAAAAUGCAAGUCUUUCAAAGGUUUCUCACUAGCUCUAAAGCAGGUUAGAGAACACAGUAUGACUUCCAAAUUGUAUUUUUUGUUAGGUGUCAAAUGUUUCUUUCUGACCUUGAUGCACCUUUUCAUCAUUAUAGAAAACCAACUCCACAAAGGCCUCCAGAAACAAAUUCCUCUUGAAAUUGCAAUUCUGUUACUGUAGGUAUGAAAUGCCAUUCUGGUUAAUGUGGAUGCUGAAUGAGACUGUGCAUGAAAGGCUGCCAAAUUGGUUAUUCAGUAAUAUCGCAAGAUUAUUUUGUAUUUGAAUCAAAAUAAAUGUGGUUUCAGGAUUUCACUAACAA